AUGGAUGGCAAAACUAUAGCAGCGCGCAAACGCUACAGUCGAUUACAUACGGCAGAAGAGAAGAGGCAAGAAAAGAAAAGACGUCGCGAAAGAAUAAAGGUUUUAAAAAGGCAGCAGCGAGCGAAUCAGGCAGACAACAAUGGGCCUGGUCAUGAAGUGACGGCGGGAGUAAUGCAAGUGGAGCAAGGCAUCCAAACAGAUUUACCCCCGCCUGAAAAUAAUUGCUCUGGGUCUUUGGACAGGGGAAAAAGAAUGGUGCAAUUGUCUAAAACGCCUGUGAAACCAGCCAAUCUUCAAAAGGAGCAGCAUUUAUCGUCAGGAAAAACAACAGUGCCGGUCACUAUUCAGCGCAGAGACCUAACACCACAAGAGGAAACCAACAUAAUUGGAAGUGGCACGUAUGGAGUUUGUUAUAAAGGUUUCUACCGCGGAAAUAUACCCGUAGUCAUCAAGUCUUUCAGAAAAUCGAUUCAAAGGCACGAAGUUCAACGCGAAUCCGAAGCUCUUCAAGAUCUUCAAAGGACUCAGCACCAUAUCUCUUUGCCACUAUUGUUUGGAGUCAAUCUUGACAGCCUCYCAUUUCUUCUAGUAACGCAGUUACACGGUGCACAAGAUAGAACCUAUACUUUGGGCAAUGCUAUCAAGGAGAAACUUUUAAAAUUCAAGCAAUGGGUKGACUUGGCUAUUCAGCUUGCGAGAACUCUAGGCUACAUUCAMUCGUGUGGAUGGCUCCAUAAUGACUUAAAAGAGAACAAUAUAGUCCUACACUAUAUUUCUCCUGUUUGGAAUCCUGUCAUCAUUGACUUCGGCAAAAGUUGCUUGAUAAAGAAAGCAAAAGUCAAGACCAAACAACAUGAUGCAUCACGAUAUCCUUGGAUUGCACCUGAAGUGUUGCAAUACACAUCCCCGCCAUCUCAAGCGAGCGAUAUUUUUUCUUUUGGAAUGAUUUUGAAGCUGCUCUUUAAGAAAAAAGACAGAGCCCCUUCAUCACUCUUAGAAGCUUGCAUUGCAGAAAGUGCUCGGGAUCGUCCAAAAAGCGGACAUUUUAUUGCCGCAUCACUUAUGACAUAUAAAAAAACCACUAUCGAUAUAUAG